CAGCUUCAUUACAAUUUAUCACUCGUCGUCGUCGCCGUCGCCGUCGUCGUCGUCAUCAGUCGGUUCGACUCGACCCGGUCGCGAUAUACCUACCUACAUUGCAGUUUCGGCGUGUCUCUCCGUCUUUGCAGUGACAAAAUUAUUUCCGCUUUCGGAUUUCGCCCGCCGCGAACUGUAACGCGAGAUCGCAAGUACCUUUACAAUUGCCGAACGCCAAUAUAAUAAUAUAAUAAUAUCAUCAUAAAAUAUUAUAUUAUUAUAUCUUUAUACGUAAUACAUUUUACUUAUAAAUAUCGAGGCCACAAUAUGUGCAACAAGCCAACCCGUCAUGAUAUGAAUAUUAAAUAAAAACUGCAAUAGGUACCUCCUAUUCGAAAUCGGAUCACUCUACAGGACUGAUAUAAUCGUAUUUGUUUUACCUACCUAUCGUCUUACGCGAUACGAUGCAUUUAACACUGUUGCUGACGGCCAUCUCAUUUGUGACGACCGAUGUCUGUUUUGCCACCGAUCCACUGGCCCAAGAGUAUGGUGAGCUAGUGUUUUCGUCUUUGCUUUAUAGACAUGGUGAUCGAGCAAUAACUGAUUUAUCUUACCCAAAUGAUCCUUAUAGAAAUAAAUCCUACUGGAUCAUGGGUUUUGGACAAUUGACUAAUCAAGGAAAAAGUAGACAUUUUGAAUUUGGAAAAUGGAUAAGAAAUAGAUAUAGUGAUUUUUUACCUGUUAAAUAUUCAAAUGAAGAUAUAUAUAUUCGUAGUACUAGUGUGGAUCGUGCUUUAAUGAGUGCUGCUGCUAAUCUAGCUGGUUUAUACAAACCAUCUGGAGAACAAAUAUGGAACAACAAUUUAGGAACUUUAUGGCAACCAAUCCCUAUUCAUUCUACUCCUCGAGAUCUCGACGAAUCUUUGUCGUUUGGUAAUAAUUGUCCUCAGUUCAAAAAAAAUUUUGAUGACCUACAAAAUUUACCAGAAAUUAAAAAAUUUAAUGAAGAUCACCAGAAAUUAUACAAUUACCUUAAAGAAAACAGUGGCAUGAAUUUUACUAAUCCAAUUGAUGACUCAUUAACUUUAUAUGAUAUAUUAUUGGUUGAGACACAGUUUAAUUAUACUUUACCCAAUUGGACCAAUUCUGUAUUCCCUGAAAAAUUAAGAGAAGUUUCUGAAUUGUCAUUUCUAUUACCAACAUAUACUCCAAUAUUGAAGAAACUCAGUUGUGGUGUAUUGCUUAAUGAAAUUGUUGAUAAUAUGAAACAAAAACGAAAUGGAACCAUGAAAACUGAUUAUAAAUUAUGGGUGUACUCGGCUCAUGAUACCAAUGUAGCUGGGUUAUUGCAUUCUUUAAAUGUGUAUGAUUAUAAAUUACCACCUUAUGCUGCUGCAGUGUUUUUAGAACUCAGAAAGAGUAAAAACUCAAAUAAUACUUAUGUUGUUACUGUAUCAUAUAGAAACACUUCUACUCAUGAUCCUUAUUUGCUUCAUGUUCCGGGAUGUGAUUCAAUAGCAUGUGAUCUAGACCAGUUUAUUGAUGUUGUGAAUCCAAUUCUACUGACAGAUUGGUAUAAAGAAUGCAAUAAAUCUGAUGAAAACAAUGUUUUGAUUUAUUUUGGAAUUAUUGCAGUAAUAUUAAUAGCUGUUUCUAUUAUAUUUUUCACAUUGAACAAAAAAUACUUCAUCUGCUAUUGUGGCAGAAAUUAUCAAAAAUUGUAUCAUGCCGUGCCUCGGGAGGAGACCGAGACUGUGGACUUUGAUCAAGACGGACGGAGUCGCGUAGCCGUCUCGUUUCGGAUGAACGGCGUUGAAUCGACAUCCGCAGAUGUGUAAAUAUUAUAUAGUACGUAUCCGCAGCAGUAAUAAUGUGUAACGCAGAGGGCGGUGCAUCAGUGAUGUUUUUUGAUAAGGUCAUUUUUCAUAUAAUAUAAUAUUAUGAGCGAUUUUUGUAAAUUGUUGAAGAAUUCAAUUUUUCCAAAAACUGCACGUCUUGAUCGAUCGUUAAGUGCCACAAUUUAUCCAGUGGAUCCGCGUGUGUAAUUGUCGUGAAAUCGUCGUUUGUUUAUACAUUUAAUAUUAUUAUUCAUCUAUUAAACAUAAUAUAGAAAUAUAGAAUACAGGUUUUAUCCAUAUAUUAUAAUCAUUCUGAUUUUUGACCCUAUCACAUGCGUAAGAUGGAUGAUAACUUUAUCUGUACAAUAGCUGCAGCGUAAGGUUAUGAUGGUUACUUGACCGUAUUGUAUGUAAUUAUUGCGUCGCUUUUGUCAUAUUACCAAGUAUAUAAUAUUUAUACCUAUCUAUUAUAUGUCUACAUAAGUUAGGUAUAUUAAAAAUUUAAUAAAAGAAAGGUUAAGCGAAACUUGGACUUUAUAAUUUCGUCUAGUUGCUGGUGCGCAUAAUGUAUUAAUAUUAUGACGUAAACUUUUGUGUUGAGAACGUGAAAGCGAUAAUGAAAUGGUGAUAGUACUAUCUAUGUUCGGUAUGUUUUAUAAUAUGGUAGGUAUAACUUUGGAUCACUAGAUUAAAAAAAUUUCUAGUACUUUUUU